CUCUACCAAGUGUUUCUCUGCUGAUUGACUAUUUUGUUCCGUUGGUUUUAGAAUCAAAUACAUAGUAGGGAUAAGGGUUUAACCUUGGCUUUCCCCAUGUAAGCACUGCCCCUUAGAGAACUUAGCAUAUGUGUAGAAAGGGUAAGAAUUUAAUAGUACUUUUCUGUGAGAGAAUUAUAACGUACAGUGGCAAGUGUGAACUACAGUAUGGCAGUUCCAACACCUUAUCCUUUGUGUUGGACUUCCAUGGGCACAACAUUCUUGGUGCUCUGUCAUCCUGUUAAAUGGACCAUUCUGAGAAUAUAACUUUCUAUUCUAUAGGCAUCUUCGCUUAUCUAAACUACCAUGUUCCCCGGACAAGACGGGAGAUCCUGGAGACCCUUAUCAAAGGACUUCAGAGACUGGAGUACAGAGGAUAUGAUUCUGCAGGUGUGGGAAUCGAUGGUGGAAAUGAUAAAGACUGGGAGGCUAAUGCCGGUAAAAUCCAGCUAAUCAAAAAGAAGGGGAAAGUGAAGGCUCUGGAUGAAGAAGUUAACAAGCAACAAGAUAUGGACCUGGAUAUCGAGUUUGAUGUACAUCUUGGCAUCGCACAUACCCGAUGGGCUACUCAUGGUGAGCCCAGUCCCGUAAACAGCCACCCUCAGCGCUCAGAUAAAAAUAAUGAAUUUAUUGUUAUCCACAAUGGCAUUAUAACCAACUACAAAGACCUGAGAAAGUUUUUGGAAAGCAAAGGGUAUGAUUUUGAGUCUGAGACCGACACAGAAAGCAUUGCCAAGCUUGUCAAGUACAUGUACGACAACCGUGAAAGUGAUGACAUUAGCUUCACCACCCUGGUGGAGAGGGUUAUCCAGCAACUGGAAGGUGCUUUUGCCCUUGUAUUUAAAAGUGUCCAUUAUCCUGGUCAAGCAGUUGGCACGAGACGAGGAAGUCCCCUGCUGAUUGGCGUUCGAAGUGAACACAAGCUCUCCACUGACCACAUUCCAGUACUGUACAGGACAGCUGUGCAACCUAUAGAUCAUUCUGUGGGUGGAAUAUCCAUAGAACUGGAGAAAGGUAAAGACAAGAAAGGAAGCUGCAGCCUCUCCCGUAUUGACAGUACCACCUGUCUUUUCCCCGUUGAAGAGAAAGCUGUGGAGUACUACUUUGCUUCUGACGCGAGCGCUGUCAUUGAGCAUACCAACAGAGUGAUUUUCCUAGAAGAUGACGACGUAGCCGCUGUGGUGGAUGGUCGUCUUUCUAUCCACCGGAUCAAACGCACAGCGGGCGACCACCCUGGACGUGCUGUCCAGACCUUGCAGAUGGAACUUCAGCAGAUCAUGAAGGGUAACUUCAGUUCAUUUAUGCAGAAGGAAAUUUUUGAGCAACCAGAAUCUGUUGUUAACACAAUGAGAGGAAGAGUCAACUUUGAUGAUUACACUGUGAAUCUGGGGGGAUUGAAGGAUCACAUCAAGGAGAUUCAGCGGUGUCGACGGUUAAUCCUGAUUGCUUGUGGGACAAGUUACCAUGCUGGAGUUGCAACCCGUCAAGUGCUUGAAGAAUUGACUGAAUUGCCUGUUAUGGUUGAACUAGCCAGUGACUUUUUGGACAGGAAUACGCCAGUCUUCCGAGAUGACGUCUGCUUUUUUAUCAGCCAGUCAGGGGAGAGGAAAUUUCUGGAGGAAACUACCAAAAAUGGAGACUUAACAGGUGAGACAGCAGAUACUUUGAUGGGCCUUCGGUACUGCAAGGAGCGGGGAGCACUCACUGUAGGGAUAACGAAUACCGUGGGCAGUUCCAUUUCGAGAGAGACAGACUGCGGUGUCCAUAUCAACGCAGGACCAGAGAUUGGUGUGGCCAGCACAAAGGCCUACACUAGCCAGUUUGUUUCUCUGGUGAUGUUUGCCCUCAUGAUGUGCGAUGAUAGAAUUUCUAUGCAAGAAAGACGCAAAGAGAUAAUACGUGGUCUAAAGGUAUUACCAGAUUUGAUCAAAGAAGUGCUGAGUAUGGAUGAUGAGAUCCAGAAACUGGCAACAGAGCUUUACCAUCAGAAGUCUGUCUUAAUUAUGGGACGUGGCUAUCACUAUGCUACAUGUCUGGAGGGAGCUCUGAAAAUUAAAGAAAUCACAUACAUGCACUCGGAAGGUAUAAUGGCUGGUGAGCUGAAACAUGGUCCCCUCGCCCUGGUAGACAAACUGAUGCCUGUUAUCAUGAUCAUCAUGAGGGACCACACGUAUGCAAAGUGCCAGAAUGCUCUCCAGCAGGUUAUUGCACGGCAGGGACGACCGGUAGUGAUUUGUGAUAAGGAAGACACAGAGACAAUUAUGAACAAUAAGAGGACAAUCAAAGUUCCUCAUUCUGUGGACUGUCUGCAAGGAAUCCUGAGCGUGAUCCCUUUACAGCUUCUGGCUUUCCACCUUGCAGUGCUCAGAGGCUAUGACGUUGAUUUUCCAAGAAAUCUGGCCAAAUCUGUAACUGUUGAGUAAAAGCACCUCUGAAUCUUAAGGGCAUGGGGAAGUAAAUGAAGAGACUUUUUUGGUACUAGAAUACCUUAAUUUUUAAAGUCCCCUAGAUCAAAUCUUCUUUUGCUAAAUCAUUUGUGUAUCAAAUCACCAUAAUUGUUACAUUAGUGAUUGUCAAAUUGCUUCCAUAUCACUAGCUUUGUGUUGUUGAACGAUAAGAUUUUCAUGACAGGUGUUACCUAGAAGACUUGGUAAUCUUCUAAAGAAAGCAAUUGGAGGGAUUUUUUAAUUUAAAGAGAUAAUUUAGAUAUAAGUGAACCUCACUGAUGUAUCUGCAGUGCCUUCAGCAAGUGAAGGGGCAGGCCACCACAUGAUAUUAAAAUUAAAGCUGUAAUUGCCCACGAAUGAAUAUACUGAACUUAGAUCAAAUUCUUCCCUGUUUACAUAAAGGAAAAUCCAGUGACUAAUCAGCAUCUCCCUUUACAUCUUUUUAGGUAAUUUGGUUAGUGGGCCUAAAAUUAGCCUCCGAAAGGAUCUUAUCUAAAUCAAAUGCUGAGCAGCUGACAAUCCUGCCAAGUGGGGCAAAAUCUGUUCUUAGACAACGACUAAGGAGUAAUUGCAAUUUAGUCAGUGGAACAAGUGAGCAGCAUCUGACCCAGUUCUGGAGAGUUUACCAGAAUAGAAGGUACGCUGGCACUGUUCAGAGGCCCGGGGAAGAGGAAUCAGUUGCUCUCACAUGAGCGCUGUAACACUAAAGAGAAUCCCAAUUUAGGUGCUGGGCUUAUGUUGCUGCUGCUAAUGCGCUGCUGUUGUGAGCAAGUGUAAUUUAGAACAUGAACAAAAAACUUGCUCUAAGAACAGGAUCCUUGUGUGUUUCAGCCUUCCUGCUUACUCCAUUCCAUGUGUGCUCACACAAAGGCAGGGACGGCGCUAAAUGUAGGCUUGCUACACUUGAUAGCAUCCCUGAAUAUCCUUCAUGGACUGAUGUCUUUGUUUGACUGUUGGGAGAAUUGCAGGGAACAAAUUCAUGGCUUUCAUUUUCAUUGCUGCAGCUGUUUGGUUGGGUUUUUUCUCUUAGUGCUAGUGUCAGCAGCUAGCUUCAGAGUGGUGUAGAUUUCAAGAGUAAGACCAGUUGAAAUCUAGGGAAAUAAACAGAAAGCUUCGGUCACAAGACCACAAAAGCUGUAAGUAGCCUGCAUUGGACUAAAAGCAGAUGGUGUUAAAUAGCAAUGGUCUCUCGGACUCAAACAGCCAGAGUUGCACAGAAGGUAGAUAAAAAACACAGCACUGAAAGUGAAGCCUGUAGCUUAUAAUUCUUAAUGGCACACUUAAGGUCACCUAGCCAUAUUUAGUAAUUUUUUUCUUCACAAAAUGUAAUAUUUUGAGCUUGUAGACUUGCUCUGUUGCCAGAGCGACUGUCUGAUAUUAGGGUAAGACCUUGGUUGUCUGAGCGAGUAUUCUGUAGUCUGUUGCUGAAUUGCAUAAUCCAGACUGACUCGGAAGACAGUUGCCCAAACUCAAGUGGAUUCAAAAGAACCAUGACUGGACAUACUUUAAAGUUCUUACCAGUUCAAUACGAAAAUGUAGGAGCUGGUCACAGCUCAGUUUUACCAUCUUAACAAGAGCCAGAAGCCAUUCCAUGAAACCAAUAAUAAGCGGGGACUUGAUUUUUCUUUAAAUGACAGACUUGAGUACAGUUAUUAAUGCAUUGGAUGUGGGCCAUUUAUUGUGUUCAGCUGCUAAUUUGUAUUUAGGAACGAAAUAGUAAAUAUAGCAAUGUAAUUCCUACAGUAUUUGCUUAUUUCAGUAGAUGCAAAUUCCCCAAUACAUCUUAGCCUAACCUGGUGAUGGAGUCUUCCCCACAAUGAUUUAUGAACAAGCAACUUUUCUGGUGUAGCCAAGUACUUAGCUAAAGACAGCCAGGUCUCUUCUUCCUGCCAACCCUCUUUCCGAGGCAACCUGCCUCUGCUUAUAUUAGCUGUUAAACUUGGAAGGACUGACGGGUAAAGGGUGAAUGUGCAGGCUGAUAUCCCUGUUCACAGUGAUUCUAGGGUAAAUGAAACCCUAAGAGGGAAGCAUUCUGGGUACGCUCUUGUGCCCAUCGAUUUCCUGGCGAGGAAUUGAUUUGGAGGUCAUUUUCCCUAAUCAACUCUGUGGAAAAUUAGCUAGAAUUGCUUGUGUCUAGGCUUGUACAGAUGAGUUUUUAUUGUAGAAGUAGGGCAGCUGCUUCUCUGCUGGCAUAAGAAGUAAUAUCCUAGAUAUAUUCUAAAUAUGAAUUGCUACAUGGUAGAAAAUCUGAGAACAGCAAGUGCUUAAUAUUUAUGAAAAGAAAGUAGCUAUGUUUGUAUAAAGGACCAAAGAAACAAGAUACUAAAUUAAAGAGAUGUAGAUUGACAGUUUCUAUACAAAGCUGUUUUACCUUGUGAGAUUGUAUAAAUGUGGCAAAGUCAGUCACUCACUGGGUUUGAGGGUAGGAUGGACAGCCCCUAUUCAUUAUGAAGUCACGUAAGACUUACUGCAAAGACUUUUCAUUAGUUAGUAAUUGAGCAAAUUAACCUCAAUGAUUAAAUUCAGCUCGAUUUUGUAAAUUGCAGAGGACGAGGUUAAAUCAGGAAACUGCAUUAAGAUCCGAAACUCAGCCUGGAAAUGUUUUUGACUAGACUAUCAGAUAUUGCAAUGCAUAAUACGAAUGUGACCGCUUAGUAUCUAAGAAUGUUAUGGAACACACUCACUGUGAAUAAUUUUUUGAAUGAUUCUGGUAUGAUAUCCUUAAAGCAUUGCGUUACUGCCAAUUGACAUCCCAGUGCUGUGCAAGUGUACAGAGGAUUUUCUCAUCUUGCUUUUUAUCUAGCUGUCUGACAUUUUGAUGAAACAAAUGUUCUGUCCCCACCUCUCUUCUCUCUAGACUAGUUUGUUGUCCUGCUGCUAGCUGGAAGUUUUCAAAUGUCUUGUGCUCUCUGAAAUGAAUGUUUCGAUUACUGAGCCAGUAACAUGAAUUCCUUCCUAACUGAUAUAUUAAAAGAAAUUCAGUAGCCCUCUCCCUAAAAUUGAGCCUCACAUCCAUCAAAUGCAUAGGCCCGCCCUUACUGUUUGUCUGAAAAGCAUUUUUACUCAGUUGAUGGAUAUUUUGUUUUAGUGCAUAUACUUGUCUCCUGGUCUACAUGCAUAAAAGCUUCAACAAUAACUCCUCCACUGCUGCUAUUUCAAGAGAAGAAAUUAAAGGCUGUCUCCCAAUUUAACUAAGCCAGAGUGUUUUUUAAACUUACAGAAAUUCCAUGAAAAAUUGUCUAGUUCUAAGGACACUGCUCUUCCCUGUGGAAGUGUUAGUGUAUUUGCUAAGCAGAGCUCGUUGUAGCUUACUCCUGGAACAUGAGGCGGGUGUGUUGAUACCAGGGCGUACAGUAGCAGAAGCACUACCCAGUGUGAGAGUGUUGCAUCAAAGAGAGACAGGAGGUGCUGUGUGUGUUUAAAAUCUUGACAUUUACUGCUCCAUCACAUUUUAGCAGCACCAUGCCAUUUGGAACGUGCCCCACGGCUUAGUACGUCAUGGGAUUUGCCAGGUUGGGAAGGUUUUAACAAGGGAUGUUAAAAUCUGUUUUUGUAAACAUGUAACUGCUGACCUUUUCAGUGAUUGCAGGUUGACGUGGGGCAACAUGGGGAGCAGGUGCUUGUGGGGAUACAGAGGCAACAGUACAGGGAGGGGGAAGCUGCUUGUAACCCCGAGGGUUAACCAUUGAGCCCAGACUCCUUCAUUAGCCAUGUACACAGGUACACGUUCACAUCCCUAGUUUUAACUAGCACCUCUGGAUGUGGGGGCGAAAUUGUUCUGAUCUGUAAUUUGCUUGGAAGGAAAGCACGGAUGUUGCGGAUAUUCUUUGGGCAGAACAAUUAACCUCAGCUUUUCUGAACAGCAAGACCCAAAAGCAGCGCACCCGGACUCUGGUCUGUUCUACAUUGUGCACCGAUAAAGAAGUUGCCCUGAAAGAACAGUUUCCAAUGUAAGAUGAACAAACUCCAGCUAGAAAUAAUGGUGAUGCGCUUCGGGAGCACGUGUGUUCUGUGAAAUAUCUUUGGUUGACUUAAAAGGCAAAUUGUGUAAUUAAUUGCAAAAGGGGGCGGGGGAGUCGCAGCUUUAAAAACCUUUCCCCUGCUUGUAUUUAAACUGCUGUAAACAUGGAAGACGAAAUGCACAGGAAUGUUUGAAAAUCCGAGUCAGUAAGUGUUCCAGAAGCACGUUGUAACCCAGCUCCAUCCUGCUAUGCUAGUUCACUGUGCUACCAAAGGGAGAUGUGUUCCAUUCAGGGCUAUGAUUGCAGCACUUUGGGGGCAUGCCUGGAUUGACAGAGCUAUGGCUACACAAACCCACCCAGGACCCAAGUGCACCUCCUGCCGUUAUCUCAUGUCACUGCAGCUUCCCUAUUAACGUUAUUCAAGCUGGUGCGGCGCCGCCUGCGUGGGCUGCCUUCUCCGCGCGUUGCAGUGUAGACACACCCUGUGCCUGAAGAUAGCGUUAGAUGGGAUGUUGAACUUCUCUUGAAUAAUCUGCCCUGUUCCCGAAGUUACCUGCUUGUCCGCUAGACCCCAGGCAGCCCUCAGAAUGGAAGACAAAGGGGUCAGGGAACAAAGCAAGCCAUGCUAAAACAGACUGUGAAUGGUUGUGGAAAUGGUUAGGUCCAGGCAAGUAUCCAUGGGACGUUUACCUCAAGGCACGGGAUCCCUCCCUGUGCAAGAAAACUGACACGGGGAAAAUAGUUGGUGUCUGUCUGAAUUGAAGGCCAACUUAGUUUUCUUUGCUCCUUCAGAGCGUGUACAUAGAAAUGGGAAGUGGCAAAUAUUUCUUCCUUUCUCACGUUGUUUCUUUUGCGAGUACAUAUCAGCUGGCUUGGUUUAUGGGGACCACUCUGUAUCUUGCGUUCUGUUGUAUGCUGUCUGCUGAAGAGGUUUUAUGGUGUUGUGUAGUAUUUUAUAAUUUGGGUUUUGUCUUUUUCUUACUUUUUGUGUGUCACCUUGGAAUAAAACGAAGUGCCCAACGUGAAA